AUGCGAAAGGAAAAGAGGUUUAGUGGGAGGUUGCGCAUCUUUCGCACACCUACCCUUAUAUCAGAAUUAGUAAUUUUACUUUUAUUUCUAGGAUUUUGUUCGUUCAAGAGUAGGCUCUUCCUAGUUGACGAUCCAACACAAAAGAGUAAUUCUCUUGCGGGGACUUUCAAAUUGAAACAGAUUCAUCGUCAUGGUGUCGGUUCAUAUUAUAAAUUUCAUCAAAAGCUUGACGUUACGGACGACUUUGCAGAGGAAGCAGGCAUAUUGUUCAGAUCAGAAGAACUCAAACUCUUAUCAGAGAAUCCAGAUGAAACAUUCUGGUCUAAAAAUACCGAAUUCCAAACUACAAAUCCUUUUUCUUACGAGUUCCCUUUAAAAUAUCAACAUAUGUCUAUGAAGAGAAUGGAAAAUAGACACCCGGAUUUUGUUGAAGCAUACAUCAAUAACGAUAUUGAGCGUGAAGAGCACUGGAUAGACGAAGAUGUACUUGUACCAGAUGUGUCUGAUAGAAAUACAGUGAUCCUUAUGGCGCUAAUGUCGUCUAAUGCUUAUGUCCGUUUGCCAGAAAAGCAUAAUUGGAGGAAUAUAAGUGAUGGCGAUGAUAAUUGGAAGGAUGUAACUUCACCACAUUUUGGUUGGGAUGGUAAUGGUUUAAGAGGACAUGUCUUUGUGAAUGAAGUUGACAAAAUUGCCGUUAUAUCUAUUAAAGGUACUUCUGCAACAGGUCUUCCCGGUUCAGAAGAUGAUGAAACUACGGCUAGUGAUAAGAUUAAUGACAACCUAUUGUUUUCCUGUUGUUGUGCAAGAGUAAGCUACCUAUGGACCACUGUAUGUCCAUGCUAUGUCAAGUCAAAAACUUGCGAUGAAUCAUGUUUAGAACGUGAGCUUAGACGUAAGGACAGGUAUUAUUCUAUUGCUAUGGAUAUAUAUAGGAGUGUUGUCGAAGACUAUCCAGAUUACUCUAUAUGGUUAACUGGUCAUUCCCUUGGGGGUGCAUUGGCAAGCCUUGUCGGUAGAACAUAUGGUUCGCCUGUACUGACUUAUGAGACGCCUGGUGAUGCCUUGGCGGCAAGAAGAUUGCAUUUGCCUCAUCCACCGGGAUUGCCAAAUUAUCUGGAAGGUAUUUGGCAUAUCGGUCAUACCGCAGAUCCUAUAUAUAUGGGAACUUGUAAUGGUGCAAGUUCCGCAUGUUCAAUUGCAGGUUAUGCAAUGGAAACUGCAUGUCAUACCGGGAAAGUUUGCGUUUAUGAUGUUGUGAAAGAUAAAGGAUGGCGCGUCAACUUGUUAAACCAUAAGAUUCAUACAGUAAUCGACGAAAUCUUAACAAAAUAUGAUGAUGUUCCAACAUGUGGGGAGCCUAGUUCCUGCAUUGACUGUUAUAACUGGAAAUAUUGGCCCGACGAAGAUGGUGAUCAUGAUAGCACCACAUCUAGGAUAGUAACCACCACGUCUGUUGCCACUAGCACAACUAGAACUACCGUUUCUUCCACAUGUAUAGGUAGAAAUUGGUUAGGAUUUUGUACUGAGUAUGGUCCUGUACUCCCAACAGGAAGUGCCUAG